GACGACCACCAUCCUCUGCUACGCCUCUUGCUGCCCGCCACCCUCCUCGCUGGCACCAGGCACUUGCUGCCUUUCGCGUCCCACACACUGCCCUCUGCCCGCCGCCGCCAUGGCCGUCGACGAGGCUGAGCAGAUCCGCGAGCUGCAGGCGGCGCGCACCGCCCUCGGCGCCAAGGACAAGGCGGCAUUCGGCAAGGCCGGCGCGUACGGCGCAGACGAGACGUACGGCGGCGGCCGCAAGAAGUCUGACUACCUCACCGAGCUGCCCGCCAGCAGCGGCGGCGCCGGCGGCGACAGCGACGAUGACGACGAUGACGAGGGCGGCUCGUCCAGCCGGCGGCGCCGCAACCCGCUCGACGCCUUCAGCGCCCCUGUGCACUUGCUCAACGAGUUCGCCAAUGACGACGACGACCCGAUGGAGGACCGCUCAAAGCAGCGCCAGAUCGCGGCGCGGCAGAGUGACUACCACCUGCGGCGCUUCGAGCGCGAUGCGGGGCCCGAGAAGGGCAGCGAUGCGAUUGCGGGCGAGGGCGAGGGCGGGUACAAGGAGGCCAUGCGGCGCGCAGAGGUGGAGCGCGAAGAGGACCGUGUGAAGCGCAUCAUCGAGGCCAAGGAGCGCGAUGCCAUCGAGGCACGGCAGAACGGCGUCGAGGACGAGAAGCCGCUGGGCGCCUCUGCGCCCGACGCCACGCCGCGCGUCGAGCGCAAGCGGCGGUGGGACACGGGCCCGGCCGAGACGUCGAGCCGCGCCUCUGACAGCGGCUGGAGUGAGAAUGGCGAUGCUGCAGACGCCACACCGCGGAAGCGUCGCUCGCGCUGGGACCAGACGCCGACUGUGGGCGCCGAUGCGGCGGGCGGCGAGACGCCCAAGCGCUCGCGCUGGGACCAGACGCCGGUGGCGGCGGCGGGCAGCUCUUCGGAGGGCAGCGCGCUGAGCGGCUUCGCUGGCCUGCAGACGCCGAUGGGCAUGAUGAGCGACGGCGCCUUUGUGCUCGACCCGCGCAACCGCUACCUGUCCGACGAGGAUCUCGACCGCAUGCUGCCGUCCGAGGGCUACACGAUCGUGCCGCCGCCGGCCGACUACGCGCCCAUCCGCACGCCCGCGCGCAAGCUGAUGCAGACGCCGAUGGCCGCCGGCGGCGGCGGCUUCAUGAUGUUCGACGAGGCCCAGUCGCGCGCGCUGGCCGAGGAGAUGGCGCCGGACCUGCCGACGGACAUUCCGGGCGUCGGGCAGCUGGCCUUCUUCAAGCAGGAGGACCAGGCGUUCUUCAAGAAGAUUCUCAACGACGCCGAGGACGAGACGAGCCUGUCGCUCGACGAGCUCAAGGAGCGCAAGAUCAUGCGCCUGCUGCUCAAGAUCAAGAACGGCACGCCGCCAAUGCGCAAGACGGCGCUGCGCCAGAUCACCGACAAGGCGCGCGAGUUUGGCGCGGGCCCGCUGUUCGACAAGAUUCUGCCGCUGCUCAUGGAGCGCACGCUCGAGGACCAGGAGCGGCACCUGCUCGUCAAGGUCAUCGACCGCGUGCUGUACAAGCUCGACGACCUUGUGCGGCCGUAUGUGCACCGCAUCCUCGUUGUCAUUGAGCCGCUGCUCAUCGACGAGGACUACUACGCGCGCGUCGAGGGCCGUGAGAUCAUCUCGAACCUGUCCAAGGCUGCCGGCCUGGCGCACAUGAUCUCAACGAUGCGGCCGGACAUCGACCACGUCGACGAGUACGUGCGGAAUACGACUGCGCGCGCCUUCUCGGUCGUGGCGUCGGCGCUCGGCAUUCCGGCGCUGCUGCCCUUCCUGAAGGCCGUGUGCCGCAGCAAGAAGAGCUGGCAGGCGCGCCACACGGGCAUCCGCAUCGUGCAGCAGAUUGCCAUCAUGAUGGGCUGUGCCGUGCUGCCGCAUCUCAAGAAUCUCGUCGACUGCGUCGAGCGUGGCCUCGACGACGACCAGCAGAAGGUCAAGACGAUGACGGCGCUGGCUCUUGCGGCACUUGCCGAGGCUGCCGCGCCGUACGGCAUCGAGUCCUUCGAGGACGUGCUCAAGCCGCUCUGGACGGGCAUCCGGCAGCACCGCGGCAAGGGCCUGGCGGCGUUCCUCAAGGCCAUCGGCUUCAUCAUCCCGCUGAUGGACUCGGACACGACGCUCUACUUCGUCAAGGAGGUGACUCCGACGCUGAUCCGCGAGUUCCAGAGCGCCGACGAGGAGAUGAAGAAGAUCGUGCUCAAGGUCGUCAAGCAGUGCGCCGCGACCGAGGGCGUGACGGGCGCAUUUCUCAAGGAGGAUCUGCUGCCUGACUUCUUCAAGGCGUUCUGGGUGCGCCGCAUGGCGCUCGACCGCCGCAACUACAAGCAGGUCGUCGAGACGACCGUCGAGCUGGCCAACAAGACGGGCGUGUCCGUCGUCGUGGGCCGCAUCGUCGACAGCCUCAAGGACGAGAGCGAGCCGUUCCGCAAGAUGGUCAUGGAGACGAUCGCGCAGGUCAUCGGCAACCUCGGCGCCGCCGACAUCGACGAGGGCCUCGAGACGCGUCUCGUCGAUGGCCUCAUCUAUGCGUUCCAGGAGCAGACGCAGGAGGACAAGGUCAUGCUGGAUGGCUUCGGCGUCGUCGUCAAUGCGCUGGGCAUGCGCGUGCGGCCAUACCUGACGCAGAUCGUCUCGACGGUGCUCUGGCGGCUGAACAACAAGAACGCCAAGACGCGCCAGCAGGCCGCCGACCUGACGACGAAGCUGGCCGUGGUGAUCAAGCAGUGCGGCGAGGAUGCGCUGCUGAGCAAGCUCGGCGUCGUGCUGUUCGAGCAGCUCGGCGAGGAGUUCCCCGAGACGCUGGCGUCGAUCAUCGAGGCCGAGGGCGCCAUUGCCAACGUCGUCGGCAUGACGCAGAUGAACCCGCCCAUCAAGGACCUGCUGCCGCGCAUGACGCCGAUCCUGCGCAACCGGCACGAGAAGGUGCAGGAGGCCAGCAUCAACCUCAUCGGCCGCAUUGCCGACCGCGGCGCCGAGUACGUGUCGGCGCGCGAGUGGAUGCGCAUCUGCUUCGAGCUGCUCGACCUGCUCAAGGCGCACAAGAAGGCCAUUCGCCGUGCCGCCGUCAACUCGUUUGGCUACAUCGCAAAGGCCAUCGGCCCGCAGGACGUGCUGCAGGUGCUGCUCACCAACCUGCGCGUGCAGGAGCGCCAGAGCCGCGUGUGCAGCACCGUCGCCAUUGCCAUCGUCGCCGAGACGUGUGGCCCCUUUACGUGCAUUCCGGCGAUCCUGAACGAGUACCGCACUCCAGACCUCAACGUGCGCAACGGCUGCCUGAAGGCCCUCUCGUUCGUGUUCGAGUACAUUGGCGAGAUGGCCAAGGACUACGUCUACUCCGUCGUCGGCUGCCUUGACGACGCGCUGGUGGACCGCGACGCCGUGCACCGGCAAACGUCGGCGGCGAUCGUCAAACACAUUGCGCUCGGCACGGCCGGCCUCGGGCAGGAGGACUCGAUGCAGCACCUGCUGAACCUUGUCUGGCCCAACAUCUUCGAGGCGUCGCCGCACGUCAUCUCCAACGUCAUGGACGCCAUCGAGGCGAUGCGCGUGGCCCUGGGCCCCGGAGUGCUGCUCAACCACACGCUGCAGGGCAUCGUGCACCCGGCACGCAAGGUGCGCGAGCCGUACGUGCGCGUCUACAACAGCUGCUACCUCGGCGCCGCCGACGCCAUGGUGCCCUACUACCCCAACUUCGACGCCACGUCGGGCGCCGAGGGCGAGCGCGGCAACGACUGGGUGCGCCAUGACCUCCUCUCUCUGCCCCUCUGAUCUGUAUCCUGCCGGUCUCCUCCUGUUAUCACGCCUUGCAAUGCGACACACCCCUGCAUCUCCAC